UCUCUCUUUCUUAUGAUCAAAACAACAACAGCAUCAACACCAACAGCACACUAGAAAAAGGCGACGUGCGCCCGCGCCCACCGUCAGCGCUGCGCAGUUCCUGCGGCGCCGAUGAGGCUGCUUGCGGGGCUGCUGGCGGCUGCCGCCGCCGCCGACGAGCUCGCGCCGUGGCGGCGCAACGUGUCGCACCCCAUACCGCCUCUCCGCGCCAUGGGACAAUUUCAAAGCACUCCAGACACCAUGGCCGACGACAAGAAACGCGCGGGGCGGCGUCUGCGUCGCGGGCGCGCGAGCCCGGUCCUCGACGGAGCCGCGCUAGCGUCCGAGACUCGAGACCCAAGGGUACGAAGGCUUGCCGCGACCGAGUGGUCAAUCCGGUGCCAGGAGGCGGGCCUGGGGCUUGGGCGCGCAGCACGUGGUGCCAAGACGGUACAUGACGUCGCCGCGACGGUGGCGCGGCCCUGGAACGGCACGCAUGCGCCGCCGCCACGCCACGUCAUUGUGUUCCUCCUCGGCUACGCGUUCUCCGGCACGAGCGCGAUCCAUUGGCUCCUCGCGCAGGCGCCAGCAGUCUCGACGCUCAUAGAUCCGAACACGUUGGGCCCCAAGAAGGAGGGCUGGUCAGUCGACGGCCUGAAAAGGGGCAAGAUUCCCGACGGGCAGCAAAUAGACGGCCAUCAACGCUGGGCCGACGACGACACAUGGAUCCCGUGGCAGCACUUGGAGCGCACGUACAACAGCCACUGGGACCACAGCAAGCCAAUCUUUCUCGAGAAUUCGCCUCCCGAGAUCCUCCACCCCGACCACUUGUUCCGGCAAUUCACACGCAACGAUACCGAGGUCCGGUUCGUCGUCAUUGUCAGGUCCCCGUGCAACCAGCACGCCACAAACACCGACAACCACGCAAGCAGGAUGGACGUCGUACGCAAGAUCGCGAGAAAGUACGGCCGGCGCCACGCCUUCGUCUUGCGCUACGAGGAUCUCUGCGACCAGCCAAGGCGCGUGCCUGUGGCGCUCGAAGAGUGGCUCCCCGGCCUCGGCGCGGGAAUCGACCCCUAUCGCACGCCAGGUGCUGGCGGGCGUCGUCCGACGCCGCGCGGGCGCCUGCUAUGCAACCAUUCCGGGUGCGGAUCGCACGAGCAGAUGCCGAUCCCGGAGUUCUGCCAUACCGCCUUUAUCCCGCAGCUGCCGUACAAUACUACCCUGCCCACAACCAUUGAUCGGAACUCCUACACCUCGCUCCUCGGCUUCUUCGACUACAACGUCAGCAGUGAGCCUAAUUAA